CUUGUUGCUUUCGGACUUAUUUCCAGGACGGACAGCAAAUCAAACGGUCCCUGUGAUUUCAGCCGUAUUUUAAUCGACCUAAAUAAGUCACCCGCUGGCCAUUCUUCGGUAAAAUGUGACCUUUUAGAUCGCUAGACCGGCGCGGGGUCCUGGAUGGGGACAUUCUAGCGGGACAUCCGUCCAAGAGGAAACCCCCCGGAGUCCUGCUCGGCGUGAGCCGCUUCAUGCUACGUGUCCAGCGGAUGCGGCAGCGCGUUAGCUCCUCCUGCUAGCGGCUCCUGCGCGGAGCGGAUCCCAGCAAUGAACCGGCAGGACAGAGCUCCCUCUCAGAGGUCCGGGAUGGGGGAUCUACUCCUGGAGGAAUGAAGACUUCCUCUGGGCCGACUUUAACUGGGAACCAGACUGGAAGCAAAGGGCUGAAGACAGGCUAAACCAUGAUGUAUUCAUCCAGAAGAAAGCCGGUGCUCUACUUUAAAGAGGAAAGAAGGUUGCUGUCUGGGAAGUGCACCGUUUACAAGCUGUUCGGCCUCUGCAUGGUGCUGGUGCUCGUCUCCCUGCUGUGGCUGCAGCUCAGCUGCUCGGGGGACAUGUCCUCCUCCGUGACGCAGCAACACCGGCGCGACCCCCAGCUUCCGCCUCCGCCGCCGCCCUGCCCCGCAGACAGCCAGGCAUCCGUGGCGGACGACCCCACCUGGGGUCCUCACAAGCUGGCCCUCCUGGUCCCCUUCAGAGAACGCUUCGAAGAGCUGCUCGUCUUCGUUCCCUUCAUGCACAAGUUCCUCAACAAAAAGAAGAUCCGCCAUAAGAUCCUGAUCAUCAACCAGAUGGACCACUACAGGUUCAACCGAGCGUCUCUGAUCAACGUGGGCUACAUGGAGAGCGGGAACGACACAGACUACCUGGCCAUGCACGACGUGGACCUGCUGCCCCUCAACGAGGCUCUGGACUACGGUUUCCCCGAAGAAGGACCCUUCCACGUGGCCUCGCCGGAGCUGCACCCGCUCUACCACUACAAGACCUACGUGGGAGGAAUCCUGCUGCUCACCAAGAAGCACUAUCACAUGUGCAAUGGGAUGUCCAACCGCUUCUGGGGUUGGGGCAGAGAGGACGACGAGUUCUACAGGAGGCUCAGAAAAGCAGAAUUACAGCUGUUCCGGCCCAGCGGCAUCACGACAGGAUAUAAAACCUUCCUCCACAUCCAUGACCCAGCCUGGAGGAAGAGGGACCAGAAGAGGGUCGCUUCUCAGAAACAGGAGCAGUUUAAGGUGGAUCCUGACGGCGGGCUGACGAACCUGCGGUACCAGGUGGAGUCCCGGCAGGAGCUGACCAUCAGCGGCGCUCCCUGCACCAUCAUCAACACCAAACUGGAGUGCGAUCAGAUCCAGACGCCGUGGUGCCUCCUGAGUUAGCGCACAUGGUUGCUGUGGAAUCAUGUGACUGUCUACAAACUGAAGUUAAAAACAAACAAACAAACCAGCAGUGUUGCCACGUCCAGGUACAUGAUCCCAACGCCGGAUGCAGACGGCGUUCCUCCUUUUAAAUGAACUUGAGACACUAGGAUCCGGUGAGCCGAAGCCUUGAUGCUCUCUCUGGUACUUCCAGACUUUAAGUCUGGUCUUCAUUUUUAGGAUGGACCCAGGGCCCUGCAUGCUUGAGCAACGUACUGUAGUUCCAGAUGAUCUUUUUUUUUUUUUUUAGCCUUUUACCUUAUUUGAGAUAAAGAUCAAAUGUCUGGUAGAUCAGGACAAGUUUGUCUCUGAAUCGUUUCAUUUUUCCUGCUGAUGCUGUCUAAAGGUGUAGAAAUCUGGAGUGAAAAUCUUCAUUUCGGAUGAAAAAUAUAACUUGUUUGUUUUAUUAUUCUUUUAUUCUUUCUAUGAAAAUCCAGAGUAAGUUAAAAAGUCUUUAUAAAUCUGGAUGUUUUGUCCCAUUUUUAUGACUUCAUUUCCAGUAAUUUAAAAAAAAGUAAUAAACUAUUAAAGAGAU